CCUCGGGAGUCAUUUGCCCGAGUUGCAGAUUGCUACCAAUAGGACCCAGUCAUCGGAGGCAAACCCGAAAAACGAAGAACAGAGAAAAGAAAAAUAAUGUUUCCAAUUAGGGACUCACCUAUUACAACUGCCUGACUUCGGCAGACAUACCAAGGACGGCUCUUCUGCCUGGCCAGAAUGCUAGCAUUCCCGAAGAAUGGAGCUUCCUGUGCUCCUUGGAUUUUCUGUGUCUUCCUCUCUCCCGUGGUUCGGCAAGGAGCAGAGGCCUUUCGGUGUGGCAAUGGGGUCUCCGUGCCUCCUGACACUGUGUGUGACUUCACAGAUCACUGUGGGGACAUGAGUGACGAACAGCAAUGCUCAAAUUAUGAAAGAUGUGAUUUUGAGGAUGGGCUCUGUAAUAUGACACAAGACCAGAGUCUGCAACUUGGUUGGACAAAGAGAAAUGGGAUGACUGGUCUAUCACCUCCAUUUUAUGAUCACAAUGGUGUUAUAUCUGCCCACUUUCUCUCACUGGUCUCCAAAGAGGACUCUCCUUCAAACUUAAGAAGCCGAGUUUUCCUUCCGAUGAACAACCUGCAUGCUUGUCAGGUUACAUUUUAUUACUUCUCCAGCCAUAUGAGUGGCAAAUUAACAGCUGGCCUUCAAACUACAUGUGGGGGUCCUAUUCAACCUUUAUGGCAAAACAUAGCUGGGCCCCAAAAUCAGUGGGAGAGAAAGUCCAUCAGAAUUCAGUGCUCCCAGAAGUUUCAGGUUGUUUUUCAAGGUCAACUGAUUUCAACUCAUGAACAGGAUGAAGUCAUAGCUAUUGAUGAUAUAUCUUUCAAUUCAGGCUGCUUGCCUGCAAAUGAUGAAACUUUACCAUGUCAAGAAGCAUCGGUCACCAAGCAGGAACUAUGCCAUCCUGAUACAAGUCUCUGCAGAUUUGACUCUACAGAUGCAGGAUUAAGAUCGUGUCAGCCCUGUGGAUUUGAAUUUGACAUGUGUGGCUGGGCAUCAGAAGCACCUGCUGGGCACAUUUCCUGGUUGCGCACAAAUGCAAGAAGAGUUCCUGCUUUAGAAUCUCCACCUCAGCAGGAUCAAAGUAGUGAUGAUGAAGAUUACUAUAUGUGGGUAGGAGCUAACCAUGCUUCUACUCUUGACCAUUUAGACAGCAGGGCUUAUCUGAACAGCUCUGUGUGUCACUGCUUGGGCAAGAGCUGCCAUUUGCAGUUCUAUUAUGCUAUGGAAAAUAGUGUUCUGAGAGUAAGUCUGUAUAACAAUAAGGAAGAAGAAAUAUUUUGGACAUACAAUACAUCAACUCACAAAAAAUGGGUGAAAACAGAUGUGUUAAUACCAGAAGAACUGAAGACAUUUAAGAUUAUAUUCGAAGGGGCUCUUCUGAGCCAGAGAGGUUUUAUUGGGCUGGAUCAACUCUGGGUCUAUGUGUGUGCACAGGCCCCAUCCAGAAAGUCUUGCUCUGCAGGUGAAUUCACUUGUGCCAGUGGUCAGUGCAUCGCCCAGGACUCAGUCUGUGACUCUCGGCAGGACUGUUCUGAUAAGAGUGAUGAAGACCCGGUGAAUUGCUCCAAUCAUCUCAUGUGUGACUUUGAGUCUGGUUUCUGCGGCUGGGAGCCAUUUCUCACAGAAAAUUCACACUGGGAAUUUGUGAAAGGAUUGACUGGUGGAGAGAACCGUCUUCCUGAGGCUGAUCACCCAGCAAACACAAAUCAUGGAUUGUUUAUUUAUUUGCGGGCACAUCAAUUGCCUGGAGUGGCCAAACUUGGAAGUCCUGUGCUUAGAAAAUCACUUACUGCCUCUAACCCAUGUCAGGUGCAGUUUUGGUAUCAUUUGUCUCAGCAUUCACAUCUCUCGGUUUUUACAAGAACAUCACUGGAUGGAAAUUUGCAAAAGCAGGGUGAUCUAAUUGGAACCUCCAAAUUUCAAUGGAGACAAGCAAAAAUCAAUCUCUAUGCAAAGACUGGAGAAUCUAGUUUGCCUUUUCAGCUAAUUUUAGAAGCUACUCUUUUAUCAUCAAAUGCUUCCGUUGCCCUAGAUGACAUCAGUAUAUCCCAGGGAUGUGGAAUUUCAUAUAUGUCACUGCCAGGUACUAGCAUAGUGAACAAAGGUGGAUUUGUGCCACGUGAGGAUGCCGGCUAUAUUUCAUCCAGCAAGGUCUGUGAUUUUACAUCUGUCAGCCCAAACGGAGCAGAUGAAGCCAAUUGUGUUUCCAAAUGUGACUUUGAAGCAAAUAGCUGUGGUUGGUUUGAAGCAAUUAGCGGUGACCAUUUUGACUGGAUAUGGAGCUCCAGAAGUAACCUUUCUGCUGAUUUUGAGCAACAGGCCCCUCCCUGUGAUCAUACUCACAAUACUGCCCAAGGGCAUUUUAUGUUCAUUCUGAAGAAAAGCAGCAGCUUGGCACAAGUUGCUAAACUCCAGAGUCCAACUAUCAGCCAGACAGGAACGGGAUGCACACUUUCUUUCUGGUUUUAUAACUAUGGCCUGUCAGUGGGAGCAGCUGUGCUCCAGCUACAUAUGGAAAAUUCCAAUGACUCCACAGUGCUCUGGAGAGUCUUAUAUAACCAGGGCAACCAGUGGUCACAGGCAACUAUUCAGCUUGGGCGCCUUACUCACCCCUUCCAUUUGACCCUAGAAAAAGUCAGCCUUGGCAUUUAUGAUGGGGUCUCAGCUAUUGAUGACAUCAGUUUUGAAAACUGUACCCUUCCCCUCCCUGCAGAGAGCUGUGAAGGGCCAGAUCAUUUCUGGUGUGGACACACCAAGGCUUGCAUUCACAAGCUUCGGUUAUGUGAUCUGGUGGAUGAUUGUGGUGAUCAUACUGAUGAGGCUGACUGUGCACCUGAACUGCAAUGUAACUUUGAAAAUGGAAUUUGUAAUUGGGAACAAGAUACAGAAGAUGAUUUUGAUUGGACCAGGCACCAGGGUCCAACAUCAACACUUAAUACAGGGCCAAUGAAGGAUAACACGCUGGGCACAGCUAAAGGACACUAUCUCUACAUAGAAUCUUCAGAGCCGCAGGUUUUCCAAAACACAGCUGCUUUACUCAGCCCGAUCCUCAGUGCCACCGACACCGGAAGCUGCACCUUCCGCUUCUAUUACCACAUGUUCGGAAGGCAGAUUUAUAGACUGGCCAUCUACCAGCGAAUCUGGAGUAACACAAGGGGGAAGCUGCUGUGGCAGAUAUUUGGGAAUCAAGGCAACAGGUGGAUAAGGAAACACCUCGACGUUCCCAGCAGGCAGCCUUUUCAGAUUUUGGUGGAGGCUUCAGUGGGAGAUGGCUUCACGGGAGACAUUGCAAUUGAUGAUUUGUCUUUUAUGGACUGUACCCUCUAUCCUGGUAAUUUGCCAGUGGACCUUCCAACUCCACCAGAAACUUCAAUUCCAGUAACAUUACCUCCGCACAACUGCACAGAUGAUGAAUUUGUCUGCAGAUCCAAUGGUCAUUGUAUUGAAGAAAUCCAAAAAUGUGAUUUUAGAUAUGACUGCCCUGACAAAUCCGAUGAAUCAUUUUGUGUAAUGGAAGUUUGCAGCUUUGAAAAAGGAAGCUUGUGUAAAUGGUACCAGCCAGUCCCUGAAAAUUUAAUUCAAGAUUCAAACACAUUCAGGUGGGGACUUGGUAAUGGAAGCAGUAUUCAUCAUGGGGAAGAAAACCACAGGCCAUCAGUGGACCAUACAAAAAAUACCACAGAUGGCUGGUACCUGUAUGCUGAUAGCUCAAAUGGAAAAUUUGGUGACAUGGCUGACAUCCUCACUCCUGUUAUUUCACGCAUGGGACCAAAAUGCACCCUGGUGUUCUGGACUUAUAUGAAUGGUGCCACUGUUGGCUCUCUCCAGGUACUGAGCAAAAAAGACAAUGUUACCUCUAAAUUGUGGGCUCAAAGUGGACAGCAAGGUGCACAGUGGAAAAAAGUAGAACUAUUUUUAGGCAUUCAUUCACAAAUACAGAUUAUCUUCAGGGCAAAACGCAGCGUCAGUUACAUGGGAGAUGUAGCAGUGGAUGACAUUACCUUUCAAGAUUGCUCUCCCCUCCUCAGCCCAGACAGGAAGUGCACUGCUCAAGAGUUCAUGUGUGCUAACAAGCACUGCAUUGCACAGGACAAGCUGUGUGAUUUUGUGAAUGAUUGCACUGAUAAUUCAGAUGAGACUACCUUCAUUUGCAGUCCCUCCCGUGGGCGCUGUGAUUUUGAAUUUGAUCUCUGUUCCUGGGAGCAGGAGCAGGAUGAUGACUCUGACUGGAAUCUGAAAGCUAGCAGCAUCCCUGCGGCAGGCACAGAGCCAGCUGCGGACCACACCUUGCGAAAUUCGUCUGGUCACUACAUCUUCAUAAAGAGCUUGUUCCCUCAGCAGCCCAUGAGAGCAGCCAGAAUUUCAAGCCCUGUCAUAAGUCGAAGAAGCAAAGACUGCAAGAUAAUUUUUCAUUAUCACAUGUAUGGAAAUGGCAUUGGGUCACUCACCUUGAUCCAGGUAUCAGUCUCAAACAAAACAAGGCUCCUACUUAAUCUCACUGUAGAACAAGGCAACUUCUGGCAGCGAAAGGAACUAGUACUGUCUGGCGAGGAGGACUUCCAACUCCAAUUUGAAGGAAGAGUAGGGGAAGGACACCGCGGUGACAUUGCACUGGAUGACCUUGUGCUUACGAAGAGUUGUCUGCUCUCCCAUCAUCCCAUGAAAGAGCAACUAGCGGUUCCUCCUCCAACAGGUUACUGCCCACAUGGCUAUCGGGAAUGUCAGAAUGGCCAAUGUUAUAAACCAGAGCAAAGCUGUAAUUUUGUAGAUGACUGUGGAGAUUCCACUGAUGAAAAUGAAUGUGGGAGCUCCUGUACUUUUGAACAAGGCUGGUGUGGCUGGCAAAACUCCCUGGCUGAAAACUUUGACUGGGUUUUGGGAGUUGGCUCUCAUCAAAGCCUAAGACCCCCCAAAGACCACACACUUGGAAAUGAAAAUGGGCACUUUUUGUAUCUGGAGGCUACUCCGGUGGGCCUUCGGGGUGAAGAAGCGCACCUCAAGAGUGGUGUGUGGCAAGAAUCCAGUGCUGCAUGCACCAUGAGCUUCUGGUAUUUCAUAUCUGCAAAAGCCACAGGGUCCAUUCAGAUUCUCAUUAAGACAGAGAAAGGACUAUCAAAAGUAUGGCAAGAAAGUAAGCAGACUUCUGGUGAUCAGUGGCAAAAGGCUGUCAUCCUGCUAGGAAAAUUAAGAAAUUUUGAAGUUAUGUUCCAAGGUAUCAGAACAAGGGAUCUAGGAGGAGGAGCUGCAAUUGAUGACAUUGAAUUUAAAAACUGCACGACUGUGGGAGAGACUUCUGAAAUUUGCCCAGAAGCCACUGAUUUUUUGUGCCACAACAAGAAGUGUAUUGCAUCCCACCUUGUCUGUGACUAUAAACCAGACUGCUCUGAUAGGUCUGAUGAAGCUCACUGUGGCCAGUACACAACCACAACAGGAAGCUGUAAUUUUGAAACAACUUCCGGAAAUUGGACCACAGCCUGCAGUCUUAUUCAAGACUCUGAAGAUGACUUGGACUGGGCCAUUGGCAACAGAAUUCCUGAUGAAGCACUGAGUGCAGACUCUGAUCAUACACCAGGCAGUGGACAGCACUUCGUGUAUGUCAACUCAUCUGGUCCCAAAGAAGGAUACACUGCAAGAAUCACUACUUCCAAAUACUUCCCAGCAAGCCUCGGAAUGUGUACUGUUCGGUUCUGGUUCUACAUGAUCGACCCCAGGAGUAUGGGAGUACUAAAGGUAUAUACCGUUGAGGAAUCUGGACUAAAUAUCCUGGUGUGGUCAGUGAUUGGCAAUAAAAGAACCGGUUGGAUGUACGGAUAUGUACAUCUCUCCAGGAACAGUCCAUUUAAGGUGGCAUUUGAAGCUGAUUUGAGUGGUAAUGAACACAUCUUUAUUGCCCUUGAUGACAUCUCCUUUACCCCAGAAUGUGUAUUUGGAGGUCCUGUCACAACACAGCCACCUCCUUGUGAAGCUGAUCAAUUUUCUUGUGUCUACACACUCCAGUGUGUCCCUCUCUCAGGGAAAUGUAAUGGACAGGAGGAUUGCAUAGAUGGAUCGGAUGAAAUAGAUUGUUCUCUCAGCCCUCCUCCUCAGUUCUGCGGUAAUAGGGAGUUCCAGUGCCCUACCCACGAGUGUAUCCCAUCCCUCCUGCUCUGUGAUGGAGUGCCUGACUGCCACUUUAAUGAAGAUGAAUCCAGCUGCUCCAAUGUCAGCUGUUCUGAGGGAGCUCUGCUGUGCACCUCCUCUAACAGCUGUAUCCCAGUUCACGAGCGCUGUGAUGGUUUUGCCAACUGCGUGGACUUCCAACUUGAUGAGUCCAGCUGUUCAGAGUGUCCAAUAGCUUAUUGCAGAAAUGGUGGGACUUGUGUGGUGGAGAAAAGUGGUCCUAUGUGUCGAUGUCAACAAGGAUGGGCUGGAAAUCGAUGCCACAUCAAAGUUAACCAAUCUACUGCAGAUCUCACAUACUCUCAGAAGAAUAUAUGGACUCUCCUGGGUAUUGGAUCAGCUUUCCUGAUGACUCAUAUUAUAGUUGCCACCUUGUGUUUUCUUGCGAACAGAAAAGCACCAGAAAGGAAAACUAAAGGAAGUGUUAAUUGUGCAUUUGUUAACCCAGUGUAUGGGAGUUGGAGCAACCCAGAGAAAUCAGAGAGUUCUAUAUACUCCUUCUCAAAUCCGUUAUAUGGCACAACAUCAGGAAGCCUGCAGACCGUACCUCAUCAUCUCAAAUAGUACCGUCAAGAUCAAGUAUCAUCUAGUAUAUGCAGUAGAUAGAAAAUUCCAAUCUGUCAAAUGGGAUAGAAACUCAUCUUAUGCAAUGGUAAAAAAUAAAAGGGUAUUCAGAAUACUACUGUAAUUAUUACCUUUAAGAAUAAAUAUUCUCACUGAAUAUAUUAAAUGGUUUCAUGGAAUUUGAAUCAGAACCUUAUCAUCAAUGUAUAUCUGCAUAUUUUAAUAAAAUGUUCUAUUUAAGUUUCUUGUUU